UUCCUGCACCAGAGCAACAUCAGCUAAGCAAUACUGUGCAUGCAGUCUGUAUGGAAAUGAGAUCAGUGAUGUUUUGGUCUCUUCUGCUGCGUGCCAUCUGUCCCUUUGUCCUGCUGUCCUCUGCUGUCCAGGGAUCCGGACCAGAUGAAACAAGACUCUUGAAAGUUACGAUUCCUGACAGUCCGCCUGCAUCUGCCAUUUUGGGAGGCUCCCUAACUCUGCCAUGCUUCUUUACCAUGUCAAUGCCUUCCCCAACUCUGUCCUCGCUGGGUCGGCUUGCAGUGCACAGUAUACCACGAAUAAAGUGGAGCAUGCUGUACUCUGGCCGAGAGACUGAGAUCCUGGUGGCCAGAGGGGACAGGGUGAAGAUCAGUGAGGCUUACAAAGGUCGGGCCUCCCUGCCAAACUACGUUUCCUCCCCGGCUGAUCUAACUCUCCAGCUAGAUGACCUAAAGCGCAACGAUACUGGGUUCUACCGCUGCGAAGUCCAGCAUGGACUGGAAGAUGCUCAUGACCUGGCUCAGAUCAAAGUGAAAGGUGUGGUGUUUCAUUAUCGGCAUGCCUCCAGUCGCUAUGCGUUCUCAUUCGAGGACGCUCAGGAUGCGUGUGAAGACAUCGGGGCUCAGAUUGCCACUCCAGAUCAGCUCUUGGCUGCGUACCACAGCGGCUAUGAGCAGUGUGACGCUGGCUGGUUAGCAGAUGGUACUGUCAGAUAUCCCAUCCAAUUGCCUCGUGAGGGCUGUUUUGGAGACAUGGAUAACAUGCCAGGGGUUCGUAAUUACGGGAAUCUGGAACCUGAUGAGCUUUAUGAUGUUUAUUGCUACAUAGAGAACAUCCACGGUGAGGUGUUCCAUGGGACCAGCUCGGAGCGUUUCACUCUAGCUGAAGCUAAAGCGUACUGUGAGCAGCAGGGUGCAGAACUAGCCACUACUGGCCAGCUGUAUGCUGCUUGGAAUGAUGGUCUGAACCACUGCAGCCCAGGCUGGCUAGCUGAUGGCAGUGUACGCUAUCCUAUCGUAACUCCACGAGAGCGUUGCGGAGGGCCUGAACCUGGGGUCAAGACGGUCUAUCGCUACAGCAAUCAGACGGGUUUUCCUGACCCUCAAACCCGCUACGAUGUCUACUGUUUCAAAGAUAACGUUGAUUCCCAAACAGUCUCCUCCUUGGAGUAUUUGUCCACAGAGCCAGAGGACAUCGGCCAGGACAUUGUGACCCUAACUGACCCCCAGGAGGAAUUCAGUCUGAGUCAUGUGACGCAGCACACCGAGAAUGAGGCACAAGGAGCCGUUGAGACCUUUUCAGUUACCAGUAAACACCCUCAAGUGAAAACAAAAUUUACACCGUCUCCAUCUGAUAACGCUUCCAGCAGUGAUGUUCUCACCACUACAGAGAUGUAUGGAGAGUCAACUAACUCAACUCAAAGCUCCGAGCAAGAAGUACAGACCAAUCUGACUGUCUUUGAAGCAAUACCAGAGUUACAUCUAGAGCCCAGUCGUAAUCAGCCAUUACCAGAAGAACAUCAAGAGACGGAGAAUAGCACAGAGGAAUACAAGGUGGAUUAUGAGAAUCAUAAACACUAUCUGCCAAUGCCAGACACCACCCUGGAACCAGAAGAGAAAGCAGAAUACACAACUUACACUGAAAGCAAAUCAAACACUACAGCUGAAGACCUGGAGAAACUGUAUGUAAUGCAAGAGACUGGAGGACCUAAACACUUCCAGCCUGUGCCUGUCACUGACCUCGAUGAUCAGACUGAAAGCCAUGAGGAUGAACAUGUUACUGAUGUAGAAGGUCUUGCAGCAAACACCUCUGUUUCAGUGGGAUCAGAUCUGGACCACACACACACAACCCAGCCCAUCUCUUCAGGUACCACAGAGGGCUUAGACGGGGACAUGUCUACAGUAUCUACAGAGAAGAUGGGACACCUUGUCACCCAGUAUCAGGAAGAUUUAGAUGAACCUUCAUCAGUUGAAACUACCACAGAAAGUGCUCUGUUGACAAAUCUGAGUCAGUCCACAGCAAGUUUUGAGCCAAGUCAUGCAACAGACACUUUUAAGACUGUAGCUCACAUGGAGCAGGAAACAGACACUACUUCAGCUGAAUCAUUAACAGUUACUCUCACUUCUACUCAUAAUAAAAGUGAUCUUAAUUUAGAAGUAACUGUAACCCCUACACAUGAGGAGGAAAAAGAAGCAGAAUUCACUGAUGCUUCUGGGGAUGGUUACGACAUCCUGCUACUGACCUUGCCGACUGCACCGGGGCCACACAUGUUGGACUCAUCUUUUCCUCCAAAGAAGAUGGAAAUAGAGGCUAGCGUCUCUCAGGAAUCGAAGACCUCUGUUCCAGAGAGUAGCACUCCAUCUGGUUUCAGCGUUGUACAGGAGGAAGUGAUGCAGGUUGUGCAUAAAGAGGUAGGAGAAGAGCCUGUUAUUUAUAUCACAGAAACUCCACCAGCUAAAACUACCACACCAGCAAGGCAAGAGGACAGCAGCUCUGAAGAUGACUUAUCUGGAAAAGAAGAGUCUUUUGGAGGAGUAUCUUCAGUCACAGAUCACCCAGACCUCCCCUAUUCCAGUGUCAACCCUUCUCUAACCUUUACAUCUACGGACAGAUUGCAGCCGAACACUACAGAUGUUAAUGAGUUUAAUGAGAGUGAACUUAACACUGAUCAUUUUGCCGUGGGGGUCACAAUGAUUCAAGGUAUGACCGUAACACACAGCUGGAACACUCCAAACCCUGCAACCCCACCACAGGAAUUCAGGGCAGAUGUGGAGUUCAGUGGUGACGACUCACUUAUCACAGACAGCCCUGUCCCCACAACACACUCCGCGUCACACUCCACAGCAGUUCCCACCACUGAAAAUCCUGAAGAGGAUAAAACUCCAACCCCCUUUAUGGUAACAGAUGAUGUGGAACAUGACUAUAAUGACCUGACGACCAUUGAAAUCUCUAGUAACAGACAGGAGGAGGAUGAGAGCCUGCUGAUCGGUACAAGCAUCUUAGAUGGCUGUGUGGAGAACCCAUGUGCCAACGGAGGCACUUGUGUGGACAACAGCUCUGGCAUCCGUUGCUUGUGUUUGCCAACCUAUGGGGGAAAAUUCUGCCAAACAGAUCUAGAGCAGUGUGAACCAGGCUGGGAAAAGUUCCAGGGCAACUGUUAUAAGCAUUUUCCGAAGCGCCAGAGCUGGGAGGUUGCAGAGCAGCACUGUCGAAUGUAUGGGGGGCAUCUGAUCUCUGUCAUGUCCCCUGAGGAGCAACACUUCAUCAAUGAUAAGUACAGGGAGUACCAGUGGACUGGUCUCAACGACAGGACCAUUGAGGGUGACUUCCGCUGGUCUGACGGAAACCCACUGCUGUAUGACAACUGGUAUCAUGGCCAGCCUGAUAGCUAUUUCCUGUCAGGAGAGAACUGUGUGGUAAUGGUAUGGCAUGAUGAGGGGCACUGGAGUGAUGUGCCCUGUAACUACCAUCUAUCCUACACCUGUAAAAAGGGCAUCACAUUUUGUGGCCCGCCCCCUCUGGUCCUCAACGCUAAGCAGUUUGGUCAGCAGCGGCAGCGAUUUGCAACCAAUUCUCAAGUCCGUUACUACUGUCAGAAGGGUUUCAUCCAGAGACACAACCCCAUCAUUACAUGCCAAAGCAAUGGACAGUGGAUGAGGCCACGGAUCACCUGUACACCUUAUCCAGAUGAGGUAGAUGAACAACAAAUCACUCUGCCCACUGAGAAGAUCCAGGACGUGUUAGUAAAAGACGCACCCACUAAAAAUACCACGUCAAAGUGGUGGAGCGUUUAAACCAGCCAGUGCUUCUUUUUUAUUCUGUUUUAUUACCUUUCAUUUAAGAUAUUUUCCUUUCUCAAUAAACUUCCAGUGUUUUAGACAAAAACAACUUUGCACUUUACAUUUGCAACCCUGUCAUCAGUUCACUUCAGACAUGUUCUGUUUUUCUUAGAAUGCGACACUGAAUUACCGGUUCUGUAAUUCUAAGACACACAAAAAUGCAACUCUUGUUUGUUAGUAGGUAAACGCAGAUUUAGAUAGUUUAUAUUUUAUUAAAGUACAACUGAAAUAGCAAAAUAAUGACACAAAUUCUGUUACACUCGGUCUAAAUAAACCUGAUACCACU